GGGUCUCAUCCUCGUCGUUGUUGUCGUUUGGGUGGCGGCCCUGGCGGAUCAGGUGGUGGUGUGGCUGGGGUCUAUGGCCAUGGUGAUCUCUCCGGGCAGUGGGCGUGGGUGUUCUUUGACUGUCAGUUGAUUGAAUUGAUUGGCGUUCCUUGUUCUCUAUUGGGUUGCAGGCCAAGUGUUUGCUUUUUGUCCCAAAAGAAAGAAAGAAAGAAAUAGAGAAAAUGGACAAGACCUCCAAAAAGAAGGGUAAUUUUAGAAAGGGCAAGGAUGAAAAGCUGAUUGUUGAAUCUGAUGGUUGGUGGUGGUUGAUCCACAGGGGAAUCACAGCUUCCUUCUUGUCCAUUGCAUUGUUCUCCUUGUUGGUUCGAGCCGCGGUCUCGCUGCAUCCUUACUCUGGUGCUGGAAAUCCUCCCAAGUUUGGGGACUUUGAAGCACAGAGGCAUUGGAUGGAGAUCACUAUCAAUCUGCCAAUCAACCAAUGGUAUCGAAACAGUACUGUCAAUGAUCUCGGUUACUGGGGUCUUGACUACCCUCCUCUCACUGCCUAUCAGAGUUAUGUUCAUGGCCUUUUCCUCAGACAUUUCAGUCCUGAGUCAGUUGCGCUUUUCGCUUCCCGUGGCCAUGAGUCCUAUUUGGGAAAACUACUCAUGAGGUGGACGGUGUUGUCUUCUGAUGCCUUGGUGUUCUUUCCUGCUGUUUUAUACUUUGUUCUUGUUUACUAUGCUGGUCAAAAUCCAAGUCGACGAAGGAGUGACAUAGCGUGGCAUAUCGCGAUUAUUUUACUUAAUCCUUGUCUCAUCCUAAUUGAUCAUGGUCACUUCCAGUACAAUUGCAUCAGCUUGGGUCUGACUGUGGGAGCUAUUGCCUCUGUUCUUUCGGAUAAAGAUCUUGUAGCCUGUGUCCUAUACAGUCUUGCUCUCAACCACAAACAGAUGAGUGCGUAUUUUGCUCCUGCAUUUUUCAGUCAUCUCCUGGGUAAAUGCCUAAGGCGCCGGUAUCCUGUUCUAGAAGUGUUAAAACUUGGCCUUGUGGUCCUGGGAACAUUUGUUGUUGUAUGGUGGCCAUAUGUUCAUUCAACGGAAGCCUUUUUUGGGGUUCUCUCUCGUCUUGCUCCUUUUGAGAGAGGGAUAUUUGAGGAUUAUGUGGCUAACUUUUGGUGCACCACUUCGGUUCUUGUAAAAUGGAAGAGAUUAUUUCCAACACAGUCCCUGAAGCUCAUCAGCUUGGGUGCAACUGUUUCUACUUUCCUGCCUUCAAUGAUUCAGCAGAUAUGGGCUCCGAGCAAGCCGGGUUUCCUUUAUGGGUUGCUGAAUAGUGCUUUCUCGUUUUAUCUCUUCUCAUUCCAAGUGCACGAGAAGUCUAUUUUACUACCUCUCCUGCCAGCAAGUCUUUUGGCAAUGGAAGAACCAUUUCUUUUUACCUGGAUGACACUUUACGCCUUGUUCUCAAUGUUCCCUCUUCUACACCGUGACAAACUGCUUCUUCCCUAUCUUGCACUAUCUGCUCUCUUUAUCCUUUUAAACCAUGCGCCGAAUGGAAGACAGACCACAAGGGACACAAGCGCCUUGAGAUCAUUUGUGAUCGCAGUCUCUGUCUUGUGCUCAGUCGUUCUUCAUGUUGUUUAUUUAAGCAUGCAUCCCCCCGCCCGGUAUCCUUUCCUUUUUGAAGCUUUGAUAAUGCUCGUUUGCUUCUCCCAGUUCGUCUUUCUUACCGUUUACACCAAUGCAAAACAAUGGAUGUUGCUUAAACACUCCAACUUGGUGGAUAAAGAAAAGAAGCUCCUUUGAAACCUCUGUAUUCAGGCAGCAAGUUUUGUGAAAGCACUUGAUUCGUAGCAUCAGAGGCCCCCGAGAUUGAAUGCGACUGUUUGUACUUUUCGUAACCCGCAUUCUCUAAAGCUUACGACGAGCAAAAUUCAACUUAAUUUGACUGUUGAAUUUUUACAGAUUGGUUCAUUUGGAUUCCGGCCGGAACAAACAGCUUCGAUCCUUCGUCUUGAAGAAUGCUAUGACAUGAAAUUUGUAUUCCGGCCAAAUUCAACUUGCAUUUUUGUUUGUAGACGUGUGAUAUUUACAAAUUGGUUCAUUUGGAUUCCGGCCGAAACAAACAGCUUCAAAUAUGCAAUUACUGGUCUAAUGUC